UUGGUCGUCUUCAGCCUGACGUUUCUCCUUGGAGUUCCUGGAAACAUCUUUGUUGUGUACAUUGCUGGAAUGAAGAUGAAGAGGACCGUUAAUACAAUAUGGUUUCUCAAUCUAGCGACAGCUGACCUCCUGUGCUGCCUUUCCGUACCGUUCAGUAUGGCUGAGAUCCUUCUUGACCGUCACUGGCCGUAUGGAUCCGUCAUGUGCAAGAUUCUCCCCUCUGUUAUAGUUAUUAACAUGUUUGCCAGUGUUUUCACCUUGAACUUGAUUAGUCUAGAUAGGUUCACCCAGGUGAUCACACCGGUUUGGGCUCAAAAUCAUCGCAACUUGUUUCUUGCACGGCUGUCCUGUGUAGUGGCCUGGGUUCUGGCUUUGGUGCUCAGCUUGCCCUUUAUGAUAUUAAGACAUACUUUCAUUGAUGAGGAUUUCAACACCACACAUUGCACGUUACAUCUGAUGAAGAAGACUGCGUCAACAUCUGGAUUGUUGAGUAUCAUCAGAUUUGUGUUUGGCUUUUUGAUACCUCUCAUAUGCAUCACAUCAUGCUAUGGAAUCAUCGCACGCAAGUUAGGCAGCAGUCAUUUUCACUCUGGCAGAGCGUUUCGCAUCAUGUUGGCUGUUAUUGUGGCAUUUUUUCUGUGCUGGUUGCCGUAUCACAUGGUGGACUUAAUAAUAUGGUACGGAGAUGAAUCAAGGUUUUUUUCGGCAGUGGAUCCAUUGGCCAUCUCUUUGGCGUAUAUCAACAGCUGCCUGAACCCCAUUCUGUAUGUUUUCAUGGGGCAGGAUUUUAAGAACAAAGUUAAACUUUCUCUAAGACGUGUUUUUGAAAGGGCUUUCUCUGAAGAAGGAACACAAAUGUCACGAUCCACCCAGUCACAGCAAAUGCACUCAGUGUAGUGAAGAUAUGAACUCAGAGUUUUAUCUGUUUAGGUCAUUUCUCUAUACCAAAUCUGUGCAAUUUCAAACAAGACUCUUUUCACUUGCUUUGUUAUUUUGCAUCUAAUGCAAUGACAUACAGACAUUUUUGAGUGCGACUAAACAUGUCCAAAUACUUUUUGGUGUCUUUUUUUGAUUUUUGUAUUUUCAGAAUCAUUUUCUUGACAAAAAUACUCUUGUAAAGUAUCUUGACAAAAAUAUUUUGCCUUUGUUAUUUCUCUUAAAAAAAAUUAAACAAUAUGCAAAUGAGCACAAAUAACUUUUUCUAGCUCUUUUCAGAAGAAGUGUCCACUCUGUUUUUUUUUUCUUUUGUCAGGAAAUUAUGAAACUCUUAUUCAGUGCAUCUAAAACAUCUGCAAUGAAACAGAUAUGAUAGAGAAGGAAUAUUGUUUUGUUACAGUGAGAUUUUGCCAUUCUUAGCAAUGCUCAGUUUUUGUUGCAUUGUUUUAUCUUUAUUUAUAUGAAUUAACAGGGUUUUUGUUGAGCAGGUUCACGAUUGCAUGCUGAAAGUUCAAAAGUAGCUUGCGAUCUGCAAUACUGAAGUUAUUAUUAGACUGAUGCAGGGUUUUAAGGAAGUUGAUGGCAUGUCUGCUGAUCAGAUGUUAACUUCAUGUUAACUGAUACAGCUGCACACUUGUCAUGAUUAAAAAUGUACAUGAAUAUUCUGUGAUAUGCUAUACAUUGAUGUAACAUCAGUCAAGAUACUUUUUAAUCACAUUGUCUUCAAUCAUUUUAGUUUUGCUAAUGUUUAGCCACAUAUCACAUAAUUGCAUUAUAAUCUCUAAAAUAUAUUAAGUAUACAGUCUGUUUUAAGAUCAGUUACUGUUUUAUGAUCAUUAAACAUUCAAAUUGAUUUUUAAUUUGGACAAAAACAUUAUACAGUGUUAUAUUUGGGCUGAAUACUUUUGACUGUUAAUGGUGUCAUUCUUUGGCCAAAUAUUAAUAAGACUAAACUGUAGGCUAUCAUUGUCUGUCAAAUGUUUUCAUGUCUAGUUUCAUGUAGGCUAUCAAUCGACACUCUCUUUCUUCCCACAUAGCCUAAUAAAACCAUUUAAACCCAAA